AUGUUUUCUGCCGAGUACAUUGCUUUUUUGGUAACUACAACUGUCUUGAACAUCAGCGGGCUCAUCUCUAAUGCCUUUAUUGUUACUGUGGUGAUCACCCAAUGGACUAAAUGCAGGAGACUUGUAUCCAGUGAACAACUCUUUCUAAGUCUGGCUCUGUCCAUUGUGUGUGUGGCAAUUAUCCUUAGUGUGUAUUGUUUCAGUUUUACAACUUUAUCCAGUUACAGUUAUACAAAUUUCCAGACAUGGUCCUCCUUUUUUGCAUUUGCUGUGAUAUUCAGAUAUUGGCUCACUGCCUUGCUAUGUUCCUUCUACUGCAUCAAAAUCGUGAACAGUACCCACACUUUCUUCCUUUGGUGUAAACUGAGGAUAUCAUGGCUAAUACCCCAACUUCUGGUGGGAUCUAUUAUUAUCUCCUUAUUAGCUGUCAUUGUGACUUUAAGUUUUAUGCAUAUACCAUCAUCCUCAGCCAAUGCUACAACCAUGACUGAAGCAAAGUCACAUAACGAAAGCGGCAACAGUUUUCUUGUGUUCUUUUUAACUGUUGGAUCUGGUUGUCCCUUCCUUUUGGUUUUAUUGUGCUCCAUUUUAGUUGUUGCAUCGCUCUGUGGACAUGUGUGUCAAAUGACAAGUAAAGAAUCCAAUUUCAAGAGUUUCCAGACAAAAGCUCAUAUCCGGGCAGCUGGGACAGGGCUCUCUCUGCUAUUACUUUUUCUUUCGUUUUUUGUGGCACAGAUUUUCUCCUUGACUAGACUCGAGAGGCAUGAUGAGCAUCUUCUUCCAGUACUGUUGGCGGGAUACUCUCCUGCUCAGGCUGCCAUUCUGGUGUUGAAAAACCCCAAAUUAAAGCAGGCAUUAGCCGCAAUGGUUCAAAGAACAGUCUUAAUAUUUGAGGAGAAAAGUUGA